AUGGCAGAGAUGCUUCUUACUUGUGCCCACAAGUGUGCGCAGAUACUUAUGUUACCAAAAUCGGGAAUGAAACUCUUUAAUGCCAAGUUCUUCAUUAACGAGCAGGCAUUACUUUAUUACAGGGUUCUGCAAGUUUGGAGCAGAGUCGCGGCUGAAGCCGCUGGGAAGGGGGUCGCUGGUGCGAGCCUCUGCGGGGGAAAAGGUGGGGGCCGGGAAGCGGCCGCCGCUGGGCUGCUGCUACUGUCAGUGCCGCCGGUACCAGUGGUGCGUCAGUCGAGGGGCCGUAAAACAAAGUCGACGCUGCUUGAACUCCUCGCUGGCGGUGUUGUUGUCUCCGAAUCCGAGCCCUCGCUGGCGAUAUCAGAGGAAGGUGUUGAUGAACGAGAUCGAACGCACCGAGCUGCCCCCUCUCGGCUCCCUCCCCGCUGGGUGCAAACGCGAUGUGGCCGCCGAAGAUAUAUCGGGGGCGGCCCCGUACCUGUGCGCACAGUUCCCAAGCAGUUCCAGGUUACAACGUCUUCGGCUCCCAGGCUGUCGUCUCGCUGCCUCUCUGUGGGUCAACGAACUCUCUGCCUCUCCGUGGGUCAACGAACAGCCUCCGGUACUGCUGUCCCGGGCCGGUACUUCUUGCCUCCGCGCUCACGACCCAAGUGUGCUGUGAUCCCAAAAAGCUUCGAGACAGGCAAGAAGGAAGCUCACUGUGGCCGUGCUUUCUUUGUACCUGUGUGUGGAGCAUCUGCUUUGGCUCAAAGAGCAUGUUGUUCCAGUUUCCAGAGCAGUCACUUGCUUGGCAUUUCAAGAGCAGAGAUUAGCAAGGGUGCUUACACGCAGUUUGCUCGUUCAUGGAGAGCUUUGAUGCUGACAUUUAGCCACGCUGCACAGCACUUGCCGGAGCUAGACAUUAAGCUCCUCAGAAAAUACUUCUGGGACAGAUCUCUUUACCAGGCCACUGAGGUUUUUUUCCUCUUCUUGGUAACCAAUGACAGUAUCGAAAUCCCCAUGGGACCUACUGGACAAAGAAAAGAAGCGCGGCGGUGUGUGCGGCUGCAGCCGAAUGAGAGCGCAGCGCAGCGCAGCGCAGCGCAGCGCAGCGCAGCGCAGCGCAGCGCAGCGCAGCGCAGCGCAGCGCAGCGCAGCGCAGCGCAGCGCAGCGGCUUCCUGCCGCGCAGGGCAGCCCGCGACAGCCGCGGCUGGGUUUUGAAUGUGCCGCGGGUAAUGUCACGAUCACGAGCAGCAGAGCAGAGACACUCUACCCUUGAUGUGCUCAGGAAACUCAAGACUCCACCUACUUUCCUUGUUGCAGCUAGACUUUCUGCGAUGCUGAGUAGAAGUGAUGAAGUAUAUGCAAAUUGCAUGGUGGUAGACCAAGCUGGAGAAUUAAAGGCAAACUAUGUUCAUGGAGAUAGUGCCACCAACUCAGCCUUGGUGGCUAAGAGCUCUUCAUCACCCUCACUUGAGGGGAAUGACCAAUAUGUAAGUGUUACAAAUGAAGGAAAGCAAAGGCCAGUGAAAAAAGGAGAAAACACAGGUUUAGGAGAUACUGCUUCACCUGGUGAUUUGUAUGGAAAAGAUUCAUACCUUCCAUUCAAGACCCAUGGAUUUAUUAAAGAUCGGGGCCAACUUUAUGCUGAAAUGAAAAAAAGAAGUUCAAGUCUCGAUGACCUUGAGGUAGACUGCAGAAGUGGAGAUGUUUCAGACAGAUCCCACAUUCACUACCCUCCUCUUGGCUGUUCAGAGGCCAUGGCUUGUAGCAGAGAUGGAUUAGACUCACCUACCAAUCUACAGUCCAAGGAAUGCACAGCACCUGGCAUUCGGUCUCGCUCCUAUUCCUGCUCGACGCCCAAAGGUUCAAUAGGAAGACCUUGCAUUCCUCAGGACUUUGCCGUUGGGGAUUCAAAUGAAGAGCGAGCAUACAGCCUACCCGAGCAGUGCCGGGAGAACAGGAUACAUGAGGAAGAAUGGAAUAAAUACAUUGUACCCUCAAAAAAUGAGUCUGAAAAAUGUAAAGUGAGUCGGACUUUCAGCUUUCUGAUGAACAGAAUGACCAGCACACGGAAUAAGUGCAAGACAAGAAAUAAAGAUGCCAAAGAUAAAGAGAAACCGAACAGGCACAAUUUUAUAAAUGGAACUUUUUCCGGAGUUACUCCAUGUAUGGCCUGUGAAAAGGCCCUCCUAGGAAAAGAGUCACUGCAGUGCUCUAAUUGCAAUGUGAUUGUGCAUAAGAGCUGCAAGGAAUGUGCUCCUGUUUGCACCAAGAAAUCCCAGGAGAAGUACCACAGUAGGAACAAACCCCAAGCUGGUGUAACAAAUUCCCUGCCUGGAGACAUUUCACAGAUGAUGCUCUGCCCAGUGCAUCUUUCUUCCUCUGUACCUAUUGGGAUGUCUGCUGGAAGCAGGGAAGCCUUGCAACAAUCCCACUUCUUGUCCAAAAGUGUCCCCAGUGCCAGUUUUGAAAGAAGAUCCAUGCAAUUUUCUGAACAAGACUCUGAGACUAGCACUUGGAGGUCCAAAUCACAGUCUGAAGAGAUGUUACAAGCAUUAGGGACCUUUUCUUCAAUGGAUUCUUUUAUGAUGGAAGAUGAUGUGGAUUUGUCUCAGUGGACUGAUCUCCGCUCAGAUGCACAAGAAUUUGAGGCAGAGUCUUGGAGUCUUGUUGUGGAUCCAGUAUUCUGUAGCAAGCAAGAAAAGGAUGUCAUCAAAAGGCAGGAUGUCAUUUUUGAGCUGAUGCAAACAGAAGUGCACCAUGUCCAUACCCUAUUCAUCAUGUCUGAAAUAUUCAGAAAAGGAAUGAAGGAAGAAUUGCAAUUGGACCACAGCACAGUGGACAGAAUAUUCCCCUGCUUAGAUGAACUUGUGGAGAUGCACAAGCAGUUCUUUUGCAGAAUGAAGGAGAGACGACAGGAGUCCUGUGAGGCAGGGAGUGAACGCAAUUUUAUCAUCAGCAGAAUUGGAGACAUUCUUGUGCAGCAGUUUUCAGAGGAAAAUGCAACUAAAAUGAAGAAAAUAUAUGGGGAGUUUUGCAGCCAUCAGAAAGAAGCUGUUAAUCUCUUCAAAGAGUUGCAACAAAACAAGAAGUUCCAGAAUUUUAUCAAACUGAGAAGUAGUAACCUGUUGGCACGACGCCGAGGAAUCCCUGAGUGCAUUUUGCUUGUCACCCAGCGAAUCACCAAAUACCCGGUUCUGGUUGAAAGGAUAUUGCAGUACUCAAAAGAAGGAACAGAAGAACACACAGACCUGUGCAAAGCCCUUCAUCUAAUUAAGGACAUGAUUGCAGCAGUAGAUUUGACAGUGAAUGAGUAUGAAAAAAAACAAAAGCUUUUGGAAAUUCUUAGUAGAACUGAAAACAAAACAUUUACAAAGAUGAAAAAUGGCCAUAUUUUUAGGAAGCAAGACUUGAUGAGGAAAGAAAGGAUACUUCUUCAUGAAGGUUUAGUAUACUGGAAGACAGCAACUGGUCGUUUCAAAGACACUUUAGCGCUGCUUCUGACCGAUGUGCUACUCUUCUUACAAGAAAAGGAUCAAAAAUACAUCUUUGCAGCUGUUGACCAGAAGCCUUCCAUUAUCUCCCUUCAGAGGCUCAUAGUAAGAGAAGUAGCCAAUGAAGAAAGGGGGAUGUUUCUGAUCAGUGCUUCAUCUGCAGGGCCUGAGAUGUAUGAGGUUCACACCAGCUCUAAAGAAGAACGUAACAUCUGGAUGAAACAUAUUCAAGAUGCAGUGGAAAGCUGUCCAGAGGAAGAAGAAGAAGAAGAAGGAAAAAUGAGUGAAUCUGAUGAGGACAGACGUAUUGCUGAGAUCAAGGCAUCCAGAAUUCAGAAAUGUCAAGAAUCACUGAGUAACCAGGACCAACAGAUCUGUAGUUUUUUGGAAGAGAAGUUGCGUAUCUAUGCAGAACUGGGAAAUGCGAGUGGGUUUCAGGAUGUUCAUGUCGAACCUCACCUUCUUAUCAAACCUGAUUCUGGAGAAGCUCCACAGGCUGCUUCAUUGCUGGCAGCAGCACUCAGGGAAGUUGAGAGUCUCCAUGUUGCUGCAUCACAAGUGAGUGAAGCAGGCAGACCAGAGGAAACUACUGAGGAAUUAAGUGUGAAGCACAGAUUGAGUACCAAUGAAAUCUUGGAAUCUCUUCCUUGUGAAAUAAAAGAAGAAUCAGCUGAAGCUGAUCUCAGUGUUGAGAAGGAAGUGGCAGGUGCCAGUCUAGAGGAUAAGGGAGAAAGUAUGAGUUUCCUGGGAUCUACAGGGACAGAGAUUGUACAAGCAAUCCAGAAUUUAACCCGUCUUUUGUACAGCGUACAGGCAGCCCUAGCUAUCCAGGACAGCCACAGAGAACUCCAUAGGUUAGUACUUCAAGAGAAUGAGAAGACUGGCCGGGGGUACAGUUCUCGGCUAAACUUCCUUCUAGAACAAGAGAAAUACCGGAAUCUGGAAAAACAAAGAGUGGAGCUGGCCAACAUACACAAACUGAAGCAGCAGUUUCAGCAAGAGCAGCAGCGGUGGCUGCGUGAGUGUGACCAGCGGCAGCAGGAGCAGGAGGCAAGAGAGGGCCUGCUGGGGCAGCGGGAGAGGGAGUGUGGGUGCCAAGAGGAGCUGCUGGAGAGGAGUCGGCAGGAACUGGCGGUUCAGCUGCAGGAGUACCAGCAGAGCCUGGAGAGACUCCAGGAGGGCCAGAAAAUGGUGGAGAGAGAAAGAGACAGUGUGAAAAUGCAGAAGCAGCUCCUCUGGCACUGGAAGCAUGCUCAACAAAACAGCCUGCUGUCGUCCACAGGGAGCCAUGAGAUAAUGGGACAUAAUCAGUCGGACAGCCAACAUGGCGAAAAUACGUUCUACUUAAAUGAAGCUUGUGUGUGUGUGUCUCUAACCAGUCUCAACAGAUCUGAUUCUUCUCUCGUUCAUGAGGAUGGUGUGUAUGGGCUGGACAUGUCAAAUUCUGAUGUAGCAAGGAAUAGUGAAAAUCAGGUGGACCUCAAAAUGGACCCUUCUUGCCAGCCAGCAUUAACCAGUUCACUGUGGAAAUCCACUGGUCUUUGCCAGCAGAUGUCUUUUUCCUGCAAAAGCAACAAGGAUGCCUUUAAUAAUGAUGUGAAUGCAUUGCAGACCCAAAGUCCCCAAACAAGCAGUCCAGACCAGGGAUCCAUCCAGCCACCACAGGUAGAUGCACUGCUGCUGAACCACCAGCCUGAAACGCUACAGGAUGCAGAAAGUGGAGGCAGAGUAGAGAAGAUUGUUUACCUCUGAUGGCUUGUUUUCUAAUCUUGGUAGCACUUUGGAAAUAUAAUUGUGUUUGCUUUUCUAAACAGCCAUAGUUGCUUUCUGUAUGACCAAAUGGCUUUAUGGAUAGAAUUUAUUUUUCAAUGCAAGAUUUUCCCCAUAGUAAACAUAACAAUUAAGUUAUUCUGAAGCCUUAAAAAGCAUAUAAUCUUUAAUUUAUGACAGGAUUUCAUAUGUUUUGCAAGAAGCAGUAGUUAGCAGGGGAGACGUAAUGUUUUGGAAUUGCUAAGAUGCCAGCAAGAGCUGUGAAAACUAGGGUUGAUUUUCCGCUGAGUCUUCUUUUUGAAAGAGCAAGCUAAGAGAGAUGGGCCUGCUAUUUGAGAUUUCAGAGUAUGAGUCAGUAACCUUCUAACAGUUGUGAUAUAACAUGAAAAGACAGCAAUGUUAGAAUGAUGGCGAUAAUCUUUGUUGAAAUGUACUACAUAUCCUUAAUUAUCAGGUUGUUUUCCUUGUCCUCUGGCUCAGGAACUGCUCAGAAGAGGAUGCUUUUUAUAGUUUCAAUGUAAUUGCAUAAUUGUAAGUGUAUGUUCAUGUCCUGAAGCAUAUCAUCGUUUUGGUAGUAUUGCAGAGAUCAUUUUCUAUGCAGAGAUGCUGUAAAUCAGUUUGUUAUUAUAUUAUAACUGUACUUCAUUUCAGUAAGUGCCCUUGCACAUUAAAAUUCACCAGAUGAGACCAUCUCUCUGCUCAAAAGGGGAUAAAUAGUAGGCUUUUAGUUAACAGAACCCUCCUGAAACUCCUCUGCUUUCCCAUGUAGGAGCCAGCUAGGUUCCUGCUUUCAGGUUCUGGAAUCAUCUCUGUAUUAGGCAGUAAGAAACCAAGACCUGUUUUGUGCCUUUUUGUCUUUCAGAAGUAUUUGUACACUUACCUUGAAAUAAAGUUCUGUUCAUUUCUGCAAAACUG